UCGCAGGGUGGUGGCGGAGGAUGUGGAGUUCUGACAGUGGCCGUAGCGGAGCACUAGCACAGUGAGCCAGUCAGGUAGCCAGCUAGCCCGGGCCGGCCAUGCAGUGAGCCAUGAACAAGCAGGACAUGGCCGACGAGGCUCUCUUCCUGCUGCUGCACAAUGAGAUCGUGUCCUGUGUGUACAAGGGCCCCGAGCAGGGGGAUGGGGAAAAUGGAAGAUGCAUAACUAAACUCGAGAACAUGGGAUUUAGAGUAGGACAGGGAUUAAUAGAAAGAUUUACCAAGGAUACAGCAAGGUUCAAGGACGAAUUGGAUAUCAUGAAAUUUGUGUGCAAAGAUUUCUGGACUACUGUGUUCAAGAAGCAGAUUGAUAACCUGAGAACAAACCAUCAGGGAAUAUAUGUGCUUCAGGACAAUAAAUUCCGUCUAAUUACGCAGAUGUCUGCAGGAAAGCAGUACUUGGAGCAUGCACCUAAGUACUUGGCAUUUACAUGUGGAUUAAUUAGAGGAGGAUUGUCUAAUUUAGGAAUUAAAAGUAUUGUGACAGCAGAAGUAUCUACGAUGCCCGCAUGUAAAUUUCAAGUGAUGAUUCAGAAGCUGUAGCACGCAGGUAAAUUCGGCAUCUCGCAAGCUGAGCUGCUGAGGAAGAGAGAGCUACACAAAAUUACUCACUCGACUGAUCGCUAGGCAUCUGCCAUCGCUGAAAAAAAUGGUUCUCAUAUUGAAACUUACUUGAUAUUUAUGAAACUCAUUGAGACACAACACCCGAAUUUGUUCUCAGCAGUCUAAAAUGUACCUGCAGUCUAAAUGUCACUGGACAUUCUUUGAAUGUGACACAAUAUUGAAAAGUCAUUCACAGUGCAGUUUUAAUGAGCCGCAACGAGAGGCUUAUAGGAUUAACAUUGUUUGAAUUACAGUCUAACAUAAUUGAACACUACAUAUCAAUAAUUAAUCCCAGGGCUGGAUUACCUGUAAGAUCCAUUAGACACGUACCUGUAGGAAUUGGGGCCCAGUUAUAAAUCAUCCACGAGGACAUGUUCACUACAUACCCAAUUAUUCUUGUGCUCUGUGGUUUUUAAUAUUUUUUUUAAUUUUACAUCUUUUAAGAUGUGGGAUGACCCAUGUAAUAUUUAAAAAUCUAGCUGUGUUGCUAUGUGCGUGUGGAUCCAUAAUUGGCUACCCUGCCACAUGUAAUCUUCAUUGACUUUCUUGGAAUCACACAUUGCGUUUUAACACUAAUUGUGUGGGAUAUAAAGCCACCUUCAGCUAGGUAUAUUAGAAGUUAUAUUUACUUGAAAACCGAUUCCUCCUCCAUCUUGGCCAGAUGAUGUGUAUGAUGGGGCUGUUUGUCAGUACUCCAGUUAACAAAACCACAAAUAGCAUUUUAAACGAAUAUUUCUUCGAGCAAUGGGACUUGUAGAAUGUUAUUUCCCACGUUUGCACCAAAUCAUAUUUUAUUUCAUGACGUGCUCUUUUGAAUAUUUACUUUCAGCAUGAAGUAAACUAAAGCACAUUAAGAUUUCUAAACAUCUGUUUGGAAUAGGCAAUACAGUUGGCAAAAAUGUUACUAAUGUUUUUUUCUCCAAAUACUGCCGUAUAUGCUGGGAAACAAACCUCUGUAAGUAUUGAAAGAAAAGGCACAAAAACUAUUUAAUUAUGUAAAGAUGUAUUUAUAUCCUUGUUAUUAUGUAAAUUCGAGUCAAGCCUUUAUCAAAGGUGUUCGGUUCUGCCGAUACUUUUACCUUCACAGUAUGCCCUGUCAGAGUGGCUGAUGAAAAGUAAGCGCGUGUUUUGUUAUGUUGUUUUACAAACAUAGGAAAUAAGCUGUGCCUUUCGCUGAGUAAAUGGUGGAUCGCAGACAUAUUUACCAGUGAAGAAAGAGCAAGUUAAUGUAUUAUAAACACUAACUGUUACAAGAGAAUGGUCUCGAAACUACACAUUAUGUUUGGACAUUUAAAUCAGAAUCUAGUGCCCUACAAGGUUUACUUGUUUAUUUAAAGAGGAACUGACAGCCAGGUUGAUGAUGAUUCACUUUUCUCUAAGUAUUACGAAAUUUAGCUAGAGCACAGUGUGCACGCAAGUUACGUAAAACAUACGUAUCCGUUAGCAGUUCUGGGAACUGACUCUGAUUCAUUGCUCUAAUAUUGUGUAUGUGUAUGCAUACAGGCCAUGGUUCCGUUAAUGGUAAUGGCACAUAUUUCUGUUAAACAUAAUUACAUACCGUACAAUGCAAGGAGAUAUACAUUGCAUGGCAAGCUCUGCCUUCACAGCUUGCGUAUGAUGCUAUAUAUUAUAGGCAGAAAAAGAGGCUCGAGUCCAUCAGAUUUAUUUUAAUACAUGUUUGUAUCAUUUAUUGAUACAAAAGAAAACAAACAAACCCAGCUUAACUCAAGAUCUUCAUAAUACUUUUAAGAACGAUUAUAUCCCUUAAUACUUUUUCUAUACCCAUUUUUUUUUUUUUAG